GGAGCUGGCUGGGGCUGGGGCUGGGGCCGGAAGAGCAUAGCUAUGGACAUAGCUUCGCCUUUUGCGUGGUCCUGGCCUGCGGAUUCUCUCGGCCCACCAUCUUCUUCCAUCGGCCUCGCUCGACAAUUAUGACUCGUCUUUCCUCUCGCUCCCGCCAUUCUCUUCGUGCCCUUCCAACAACCCACUCACUCGCGGCGCGUCCUUCACAUCUUGACGAGCACACGAGCAUCAGCUCGCUGGAUUCCACGCCCACUCCAUUCGCCCUCCCCCUCCCCCUCCCUUCUCAAUCCCUCACCGAGAGAUUUUACCGCGCGAGUCUACGCGAGUGGUUGAUGCUGGGUCCGCCCCUGCCCUCGUCUUCCGGGUGGUGCCAUGCAUCCCUUGAAUGCCUCGACCCGUCGCUCGCUACGUCGUAGCUGCUAUGGCCGCUUCUUUUCUGGCAAAAGCGAGGUCCGAGUCUUUCUUUGCAUGAUCGAGAGAGGAUCGGAACCGAAAUGAGAGCUGGCAUUUCUUGCACCAGAUCCGCUGCAUCUGGAUGUGAGAGGUUUCCGAGGGCGGAUUGUCGCCGUCUUCAGUUUGCUCGGUGCGAAAGAAUCGAAUCGAAUCGAUCGCUGAGACAUUCGUCGAUCGAUUGAACAUGCGUAGAGAAACAUUGUCGAUGAGAUGAGGUCAGUGGUGGUGAGAGUGGUGAGGAGAGGGUGAGAGAGAUUCACAUUGAGGUGGAAAUUGAUCGAUCGAUCGAUCGAUUGAUUGAUUUGGGAGGAUGGAUCAGGCGAAGGCUUCCUACUACAGGCCCAAGAGGCUGCCUGCCAAUGAGGAUCGGAUUUACAAGUUCCGAUUGUACGAGGACUCGCUCAAGGAGAGGCUGCAGGGAGUCAAGGAGUACCAACACAUCAUGCGCAAUGCGGAAUUCGCGCAUUCCUUCGACGCGAAGCGCAAGUUCAAGGAGACGCAGGCCAUCGUGCAGACGAUGCAGGCGCACAGCGAGAAGAGCACCAUCACCCGGAAGCAGAAGCUUGCGGCGCUGCUCGACGGCGAGGAAUCGUUCCUCAUCGACGAAUUGAAAACCGUCGCCAUGACUCUGCCGGAGCGCAGGGCGUGGCUCGAUGCUCGAGCCCGAGCGCUCAAGGCCAAUCGCAUGGAGGAGAAAGACAAGUACGCCGAGGACAUGCUCUUCAAAGCUUGGAGAGAAAACAACGACGACUGCCGACUGCACGACUCGAAGAUGGCGGUUCGCAGGGCUGUCGAGGGCAGGAAAGCGCAAAUCCAAGUGCUGGAGAAGAUGAAGGAGGACGAGGAGGAGAAGGCGAAAUUCUUCCAGAAGCAGAUCGAGCGCGAAGAGGCGAAGCAGGAUGCGAGAUUCUACAAGGAGCAGGCGCAGAAGGAGGCCACGAAGCAGGAAGCAAUUCAGUUGCUGAACGAGCAGCGGCUGCUGGUCGAGAAGCUCCGCGAGGAGGACAAGAGAACUGCCAAGAGGCAGAUGGCAGAAAUGACGCAGCGAUGGAAGGAGGAGACCGAGGCCCUGAAGAUGGAGAUGGACGAGAAUAAGCAACUCUUCCGCCAGAGGGCUCGUCACACGCAGCAGUACAACGAGGCGAACAAGGGCAUGAAGCAGCACAACAUCGAUCAGGAGAAGGCCCAGGAUCGAGACAGGCUCGCUAAGAAUCUCGAGAAGGAAGCGGCCGAUCAAUUGGCCGAAGAGGAAUUGAAAGCCUCCCAUCGACGAGAGGCCAGAGAUUACGCCGCGCACCUCAGGAACAUGAUGAACCGGCAGAAAGCCGACGAUUUGGCUGCCGAUGCUGUGUUCAAAGCCAAGGAAGACGAGGAAUGGGAUAAACGAGAAGCCGUGUGGAAGAAGAACGAGGACGCGAGACAGAGACUCUGGUGCCGUGUUCACGAAGAGCGUCAGCUGCAAAUUGCGGAGAUGGAGGCGAACCGUAAGGCCAUGGAAGCGGAGAGGAGAGCGGAGGCAGAAGCGCACGCAGCAGAGCUGCGGGCGAUGGAAGAAGAGAGGCAGAUUAGAGCUAUGGAUGAGAGGCUGACAAAGCAAGAGCUCCUGGAGGCUUUGGAGUCCCAGAUCAGGGGCAAGAAAGCUCAAACGAUUGCUGUGCAAGAGCAGAAACGGGAAGAGUAUGAGCAUACCAAGAAAACUGAGGAGAAUUAUGAGGAGAAUCUCAAGAAGGUGAUGGCUGCGCUUCCUUUUCCAGAACCCUUUUAUGGAAGGAAAACCACACAGUGGUACGAGCCCUGAUCACUGAUGCUGGCUUGCAGCAACCUCCAGAAACUCAUUUCUCAUGUUGUCUGAAGGCAAGUGACACCGCGAAUGUGAUAUCCGGUAAGUAUUUUUUGUAGUGUCGGCGGAGGGCUUCAACGAGCUUCAUAUUAGUUUAAUGAUCGAGGCAGCAGAGGAAAUUUGAGUGGUGUGAACAAUGUUUGGAGCUGGCUGCGGACUUUUUCGAGGAUUUUCACUUGUAGAUCUUCUUGAGUCUGGUAAAAGCCACUAUAGACGAGUCCAAUUUUGGUUGACUGAUGAACUACAUGAUUAGAUUUCGAACGAAUGUGUGAUCAUGUAUAAUCGUCAUACUUAUAAACAAGUACAGUCUGAACUCAGGUAAAAUCCAACCCUUUCGAUGGUAUGUCCCAAAUUCACAAUCUCCAAAUUACUAUUAAUUGUUUUCGGGGC